AUGGCGGCCAUCGUGUUAGACAACGGGGCAUACACCGCCAAAGUUGGUUACGCUAGCGAGAAAGAGCCUAAAAAAAUUCCGAAUUGUCUAAUGAAGGCGAAAAGUGAACGAAGGAAACAGUUUAUUGGGAACCAGAUAGAUGAGUGCAAAGAUCUCUCUGGGCUUUUCUAUGUUCUACCAAUGCAGAAGGGUUACCUAAUAAACUGGGAUGUUCAAAGGCAAGUAUGGGAUAAUAUAUUUGGUAAAGAUGUCCUGAAUGCAAAAUGUAGUGAGCAUAGCAUAAUUAUUGGUGAACCCUAUUUCAAUUUUUCUUCCAUACAAGAAGCAAUGAAUGAAAUAUUUUUUGAAGAAUAUCAGUUUAAUUCUUUAUGUCGAAUGAAUGUGGGUACAUUGAGUGCUCAUAAAGCUAAGGAUGAUAACAAAACCCAUCUAUGUUGUCUUGUCAUUGAUAGUGGUUAUUCAUUUACUCAUAUCACGCCAUACUAUAAUUGUGAAAAAAUUGAGAAAGGCAUUAAAAGAAUCAAUGUUGGUGGUAAAAUUUUAACCAAUCAUCUAAAAGAAAUCAUCUCAUAUCGUCAGUUACAUGUAAUGGAUGAGACGUACGUCAUCAAUCAGGUCAAAGAGGAUGUCUGUUUUGUAUCUAAUCAGUUCUAUAAAGACAUGAAUAUAACACAAUUAAAAGGUAAAGACAAUACAAUUGUCAAGGACUAUGUUCUUCCAGAUUUCUCACAGAUUAAAAGAGGAUAUGUGAAAGAGGAAUCCUCUGGGAAAGCCAAACAAAAUGAACAGAUAGUUCGUAUGAACAAUGAAAGAUUCUCUGUACCAGAAAUUCUUUUCCAUCCAUCUGAUAUUGGUAUUCAAGAAAUGGGAAUACCGGAAGCUGUAAUUCUUGCAAUAAAUGCUACACCUAAAGAAAUGCAUCCACAUCUUUACAGAAACAUUGUGCUGACUGGUGGCAAUUCUCUAUUUCCUGGCUAUCGACAAAGAGUUUUUGAUGAAGUGAGGUCACUAGCUCCUCAGGAAUAUGAAGUCAAUGUUGUCUUACCUCAAAAUGCCAUAACAUAUCCCUGGGAAGGCGGUGGUGUGAUCUCCAAAUAUGAAGAAUUUCAAGACAAAUAUUGUGUGACCAAAAAACAAUAUGAAGAAAGUGGACAGAACAUCUGUCUGGAGACUUUUGAUGUGUGAAUUAUUUGUUAUCAUAUACAUAGGCCCUAGAAAAAGAAGGAUAGGAAACAUGGGCAUUUUAUUUGAUGCAAUCUUGGUUGAAUUACUCAUGAUGAUUCACUGAUUCGCUUCUUGUUUACUGAAAAUACUUUCCAGGUGAACAAAUAUGGUAAAAUCUGUCUUGUAUGAAUUGCAACUUUUGUAUAUAGCUAAUUGUUGUUCAGCAAGACAGAUCAAUACAAUAUGAAAUACGACAGUUUAAAUUUUUUCAUGUGUGAUUAUUCAAUUAUUCACACAUUAUUGACUCCUAAAUAUCACCAUGUCACAAGAUUAUAUUUUAUAAACUAUUAUGACUAUAAAACUGGUAAUGAAGUUGUGAGAAAGUUAAUUGACAAUUUUGGUUGUUGUUCCCAAACUACUGUAGAAUACUUUACUUCCACUUGGAAUUUAUUUUCCCUGAAGUGAUAAUCGAGAAAAUUAAAAUCCAGUCAAUAUACCUUUUUCCUAUAUUUUACAUUCAACUCAUCACAAAUCAGUGAAGAUUCUCCAAACAAAACACCCAGUGAAAAAUAAUUCCAGCUAAAAUUAUGAAUUUUACAUUAUUUCAAAAACAGUGCACAACUAUGACAGCUCUGCACAUGCAUGGUAACUCUUUUGUUAGCCUUAGAUAAUCCAAUUAUAAAUUUGGUCAGUAUAACCAAGCUCUUACAAUAACCAUUCUGAUUUCCUUAUUUGUUGUUUUGCACAGUUUCUUAUCCUUUUUUUCUUGAGUUUACAUAUAUAUGUCAUAAUGUAUGGCAUUAUAUUUGGGAAUAUAUUGUUGAUAUUUGUAACAAGAUUGGUAAUAAACUUCACAUCACUGCCAAUAUCUACACCAGUUUUAUUUUCAUGUAAUAA